GCUGCGCAGAUAGCCGGUAACUGCUGGAAGCACCGUGGACGGACAUGGGCUAUCUCAAAGAAAUCGAUAUCGAAAACUUCAAGUCAUGGCGUGGGAAACAAGUUAUUGGACCUUUUAUGCGAUUUAGUUGUAUAAUAGGCACAAAUGGUUCGGGAAAGUCCAACGUGAUGGACGCCCUGAGCUUCGCCAUAGGCGAGCGGGUCGCCUCUCUCCGGGUGAAGCACCUGAGGGACCUGAUCCACGGAGCCCACGUCGGCAGACCCGUGUCCGACUCCGCCCGCGUGAGCCUGCGCUUCUGCACUGACGAGGACCUGGAGACGGUCUUCUCCCGGACAAUAACAGGGGACUCUUCUGCGUACCACAUUAAUGGCGCUCAUGUUUCGUAUUCCACGUACAUCGCGGAGCUGGAAAAGAUCGGCAUCGUGACCAAAGCUCAGAACUGUCUGGUGUUCCAGGGGGCGGUGGAGACCAUUGCUUUGAAGGACCCAAAGGAGAGGACUAAGAUGUUGGAGUGCAUCUGUCAGUCCAAGCAGUAUGCUGUAGACUACAAGACAAAGAAAGAAGCCCUGCUGAAGGCUAAAGAGGACACACAGUUUCACUUCAACCAGAAGAAAUCUGCCACGGUGGAAAGGAAGCAGGUGUCCCUGGAAAAAGUAGAGGCCCAGAAAUACCAGGCGUUGGUGGAUGACCUAAACCAGAAACGUCUGCAGCUGAGUCUUGUUGAGCUUUAUCACAAUGAGAAGGGUAUCAGUGGCAUCAGCGACAGGCUCAGCGGGAAAAAGGAGAAAGCAGCAGAGAAGAGCAGCGAGUUAGUCUCUGUGGAGCAAAGUGUCAAAGCCUUCAAAAAAGAGCAUGGCCGCCUCGCUAGAGAGACGCAGCACAUGGAAAAAGAGAUCCGUGGUCAGGACCACAUCGUGGCUCAGUCCCGGUCUCAGUACAUCAAAGCCAAGGUGAACACGUCUCAUCACAUGAAGAAGGCUGCAGAGCUCCGCGAGUCUGUGAGGAAGAACAGGAAGACGUUGGCUGGUAAAGAGCAGGAGCUGGCAGAGGGGCGGCAGGAAGUCGCUGAGCUGGAGGAGACGUGGAAGAGGUACGAGGAGCAGAUCCAGAAAGAAGGAGUCGCAAGAGGAAGAGACAUCAGCCUAGAUAAGGAUCAGUUAGAUCAGUAUAAGGAGCUGAAGGAGUUAGUCCAGAAGCAGGGGGCUGUCCUCUUCCAGCAGGCUGAGAAGUUGCAAUGGGAAGUGAGAGCAGACCGUGAAAAGGUGGCUUUUGACCAGCGCAGGAAGAAGGAGAUAGAGGUUUCCAUCAGAAACAACCAAGCUCACCUGGAAGAAUUCAUGAGCAGAGCAGAGAAGCUGGAGGAGUACACCCAGAAAUGCAAGGAGUCCCUGGAAGGUUUUCAUCAGCGGGAGGAGAGCCUGUCUGCAGAGCUGCAGCACGUGGUCGAGCGUAGCAAGGAGCUGAACCAGGAGCUGGGCCAGGUGGCGGAGGAGCUUCGUAACGCUCGUCUGGACAGCCACGAGAACAAGCGUCAGCAGCAGCAGCGAGAACUGCUGGAGAAGCUCCGCAGACUCUACCCAGAAUCUGUUUUCGGCCGACUGUCGGAUCUGUGCAGCCCGGUCCAUAAGAAGUACCAGCUGGCUGUUACCACAGUCUUUGGCAAACACAUGAAUGCCAUCGUGGUGGCAUCUGAGAAAGUAGCCCGGGAGUGCAUCUUUUUCAUCAAGGAGCAGCGAUCCGAGCCAGAGACCUUUCUGCCCAUCGACUACCUGGUUGUGAAUCCGCUGAAUGACCGACUGAAGGAGAUUCCUGGUGCCAUGAUGGUGGUGGAUGUUGUGCAGGUUAAUGCUGCCGCGGUCGCUGCUCAACUGAGGAAGGUGGUGCAGUUUGUCUGCGGCAACGCCUUGGUGUGUGAAACUAUGAAAGAUGCAAGGAGCGUGGCCUUUGACAGGCAGCAGCGCGUUAGGACCGUCACCCUGGAUGGGACGCAGUUUAAAGCGUCGGGCGUGAUCUCCGGAGGUUCCAGCUAUCUGCGGACCAAAGCCCGCUGCUGGGAUGAAAAGGACAUGAGACGUCUGAAGGAACGCAAGGAUGAGUUGAUCUCUGAGAUGCGCGAUUUGAUGAAGCUAAAAAGGAAGGAAUCCGAUUUAAAGCAAAUCAGGGCAGAGGCACAAGGAGCUCAGACCCGUCUGAAAUACACUAAAACGGAUUUGGAAAUCCUUCGGAAUAAAACUAUUCCUAAAUGCCAAGCGGAGAUCUCCCGUCUGCAGAGUGAAUUAUUGAACCUUGAGUGUCAGAUUCAGAUGCAGGAGGAGAAUCUUGAAGCAAAAACUGCAAAGAUGAAGAGGAUUAGGCAACAGAUCGAUCAGAUCGACGACAUGGUGUUUGCAGACUUCUGUGUUUGGAUUGGUGUGGAAAGCAUCAGAGAGUAUGAGCAGGAGCACCUGAAACAGCAGGCAGAGCUCGACAAGAAACGGCUGGAGUUUGAAGGUCAGCGCACCCGCCUGAACGCACAGCUCGAAUAUGAAGAAGACCAACUGGCCCAGGAGAGGAAGAAGCUCAGCAUAAUGGAGGGUACCGUUAGUAAGGAGGAGCAAGCCAUCGUUAAAAGCAGCGAGGAUGAGAAGAAGAUGUUGGAUGUGGUAGAGGAGGGUCAGAAUAAGCUUCUGGAGAUGAAGAACCAGCUUCUCCUGAAAAAAAAACAGGUGGCCGCGGCCAAAGCUGAGCUCAACCAGAAAACUCAAACUCUUCAGGAGAUGAACAAAGAGCUGACGAAACUUCAGCGAGAGGUCAUGUCUGCAGAGACGGCUCUGGAGCAGAAACGCUUGGCUCGACACAACAUGCUGCUUGCCUGCAAAAUCCAGGACCUGCCGAUCACCCUGCUGUCAGGCAGCCUGAAUGAUAUCAGCGAGAUACAGCUUGCGACAGAUUCAGAAAGCACCACAGCCACAAUGGACAUUUAUGAGAGAGAGGCUCUGAUCAUCAUUGACUAUUCUGAGCUGGAAGAUGAGCUCAUGAAUCUGCACGAUGAGAAGGAGAUAGAAACUCAUAUGAUGAAGCUGAAGGACUCAGUGUCCACUUUAGAAGAUGUGCUCAAUCGCUCCACUCCACCCAACCUGAAAGCUCUGGCCAAAAUGAGGGAGGUGAAAGAUAAGUUGCUGGACCUUACUGAAGCUUUUGAUGCCAGCACCAAGGCAACCAGGAAGUGUAACCAGGAGUUCGAGCAAGUCAAAGCUCAGCGCGUCCACCUCUUCAGUCAGUGUUUUGAGCAUGUGGUGCUUGUAAUCGAUCAGAUCUAUAAAAGAAUCUGCAGAAACAGCAGUGCUCAGGCCAUUCUGAGUGCUGAAAACCCGGAGGAACCAUAUUUGGGGGGCAUCAACUACAACUGUGUGGCUCCAGGGAAACGCUUCAUGUCCAUGGACAAUCUGUCCGGUGGAGAAAAGGCCAUAGCUGCUCUCGCUUUGCUAUUUGCUGUAAAUAGCUUCCGCCCGGCUCCUUUCCUCAUCUUGGACGAGGUGGACGCAGCUCUGGACAACACUAAUAUUGGCAAGGUGACCAGCUUUAUGAGAGAGGAGUCCAGAGAGAACAUGCAGAUCAUCGUCAUCUCCCUGAAGGAGGAGUUUUUCUCCAAAGCCGACGCUCUUCUUGGAGUCUACUCUGAUUUUGAUGGAUGCAUGUUCAGUCGCGUUCUGACCCUGGACCUGCGCCCUUACCCGCUGGUUGAAGACGAGAGCAACAAAGAAUCGGACAUGGAGACUAGAGCAGACAAAGCACCGGAUUCUUGUAGCCUGGAUUCAGCUUCCUGAGGACAGUGUUUGUUUGCAGUUCAGCUAUGUUCAGAAAAACUUGUUCUAAGAGUUUUUAUGUCCUUUGGGUGUUUGACGUUGUUAACUCCUUAUCAGUAACAACUUCUG